CAAAUGAGAUUUGUUUGUAGAGAUGGCGCGUUAACGUUACACUAAAAAACCCUCGAAAUUCAAAUUCAUUUCGCACCCAAAAAGAAACCCUGCUAAAACCCUAAAUCCUAGAAAUUUAGCUGAAGAAGGCGAAAUAAUGGCAAUCUCUUUCAAUUCUAUUGUUCUUAAUGCUAUGUCAAGAUCGCCUCGCUUGUUCCCUAAGUUUACACGAAGAGAUGCAAUCACUUUUGUUGGGGCUUCCACACGCCAUCUUUCUUCUGUAGGUGAUGUCUCAGAGUACCAAUUUGAUGAAUUUCAUGAUGAUAACAAAGAAAUAAAGAAGGAUGGGGCUCUGCGUGAGGCUCUCUCACAACUUGCUGGGGAUUUUGGCAGAGAGUCUAUGUUGUCCUUCCAGCGUUUUUUCAGAUCACGGCAUACUCCUGUGAUAUCUACGGGCUCAUUAAAACUUGAUCUAGCACUUGGGAUUGGAGGAUUACCAAAGGGCAGAAUGGUUGAAAUUUAUGGGCGAGAAGCAUCAGGCAAGACAACAUUAGCACUUCAUAUAAUCAAAGAAGCUCAGAAGCGUGGAGGGUAUUGUGCAUAUUUUGAUGUGGAGAAUGCUAUGGACCCUUCACUUGCAGAAGCAAUAGGUGUAAACACACAAAAUCUUCUUAUUUCACUUCCUGAUUGUGCUGAGAAUUUGCUUUGUGCUGUUGACACACUGACCAAAAGUGGAUCUGUAGAUGUGAUUGUGGUUGAUAGUGUUGCUGCCCUUGUCCCUCAGUGUGAAAUUGAUGGUUCAAUUGGUGACAAUAAGCGUGAUGUACAAGCGCGAAUAAUGACUCAAGCACUUCGAAAAAUUUCUUCUUCUUUAUGCCGUUCUAAUACUCUUAUUUUAUUUCUUAAUCAGGUCAGAUAUAAUUCAAAACAAGGUCAAGCUUUUGGGCAUAUGGAUGAGAUCACUUGUGGAGGAAAUGCCCUUAAAUUUUAUUCCGCAAUACGGUUGAGGAUGAUAAGAACUGGAUUGCUGAAGAAUGAGGAUAAGGUAACUGGCUUAGGUGUUUGUGUGCAAGUGGUGAAAAACAAGCUGGCACCUGUAAUGCAGAAAGCCGAGCUCGGGAUACAAUUCGGCAGAGGGUUUUGCCGUGAAUCCGAAGUCUUGGAGUUGGCAUGCGAGUAUGGAAUCAUCAACAAAGAAGGAAGCAACUACUACAUUGAAGGUAGGAUUUUUAGCGGUAAACAAGAAGCUGAACGAUACUUGGCUGAAAAAGAUGGUGUUCUUGAAAAUAUAGCCAUGGAUUUAAGAACUAUACUAUUCCAGAGGAAAAUGUGAUUGUGAUAGACACCCUUAGCUGACUAAGGCAUCGUAACCGAACUCAUUUGAAUUCAAACCGAAGGUUCAAAAUGGUCUUUAGACCACAUCAAUGGUAAUAAUCUAUAGGUCAAGCUAAUCAUGUGACUAUAACAAGAAAGGAAAUGGCAGUAAUGCGGGGCAUUUCAUUGCAACCGAGGUGAGUUUUGCUUCAAUUUGCAGUGUUUUCAAGUGUAAAAUAAUAGGCGAAAAAUGAAUUCUAGUGUAGAAUGAAUUCUAGUGUAGAAUGAAUUCUAGUGUAGAAUUACACCAUUCAUGUAUCUUUCUUAGGGGGUAGAGUGUUAUCAUGAUUUGUAAUUGGAAACAAUGAGCUUUGAUGGACGGCAUGACUGUUUGGUAUGAUAGAAAGCACAUGCAACUGGGAAAAUUUUAGUUGGUGAAAAUCUAAUGUCUAUUUAGAAAAAUCUUCA